GCAUUUCCCACAUCCCGAGGCAGACCGUAAAGACCAGGCACCCCAAUCCAUGCAUGAAACAUUAUUACUCACUCCCUCCCACCCACUAACUAGGACACCGAUGCACGCCCAAACAAUUCCCUCCUCGCCUUUUAUUAUUGUUACCACUACCACCUCCGUCCGUUGCUCACUGAGAAGUCCCUAUCAACCCAAAAACCCAACGCCCACAACGUCCCCUGACAGCUCAAGGACGGACACGUCGUCCCCGUGCGUGCGUGCGUGCUCUCGACCCCGUCGACCGAUCACCACGCACACGAGCCUAGCAGUGUACGCAACAGCGCCGCACUGGUGGUGCCCGCGCGCGCACUGGGCGACCUACUGACAGGCACUGGAGCGUGCACUGCGCCCAGCCAGCGGCUUUACUGUGCGGUAAAGCUGUUGAAAGCGGAGAGACAGAGAGAGAGAGAGCCGGGGAUGGAGAAAAAGGGCCGAGCAGAGGGCGACAGAGCGUGGCACCAGACAGACAAGAAGAACCAGCCCCUCUCGUCCCGCCGCUGUCCGCCUUGCCACUUCUGCUGCUCGCACCGCCCGCAGCCACCCAAAACCAUGCUUCGUCCCGGCGGCAGCAGCACCACGCUGCUGCAGCUGCUGCUCCUCUCCGUCUUGCUUGCCUGCGGCGCCAAUGCCGGCUCUCUGGAGGGCGACGCCGCGGCGCUCGCCGACUUCCGGCUCGCCGCGGACCGCUCCGGCGCGCUCGCGAGCUGGAACACGUCCGCCGGCAUGUCCCCGUGCGGCGGCACGACGGGAGUUGCGUGGCGCGGUGUGACGUGUGCUGGCGGGCGGGUGACGCGGCUCGUGCUCGAGGGGCUCGGCCUGUCCGGCGCGGACGCGCUCCCGGCGCUGGCCCGGCUCGACGGCCUCCGCGUGUUGAGCCUCAAGGGGAACCAGCUCUCCGGCGCCGUCCCCGACCUCUCGCCGCUCCUCGGGCUCAAGCUGCUCUUCCUCUCCCGCAACGCGCUCUCUGGCGGCAUCCCGCCCUCGCUCGGGAGGCUCUACCGCCUCUACCGGCUUGACCUCUCGUCCAACAACCUGUCCGGCGUCGUGCCGCCCGAGCUGGGCCGGCUCGACCGGCUGCUCACGCUCAGGCUCGACUCCAACCGCCUCAUCGGCGGGGUCGACGGCAUUGCGCUGCCCAGGUUACAGGAUCUCAACGUGUCCAACAAUCUCUUUGUGGGGAGGAUUCCGGCGGCGAUGGCGGGUUUUCCGGCGGGCGCGUUCGGCGGGAACGCUGGUCUGUGCGGGGCGCCGCUGCCGCCGUGCAAGGAUGAGAUGCAGAACGCGUCCCCGUGCCCUCCGGCUGCGGCCAUGGCGGCAUCCUCGCCCUCUUCGAAGCCCGCGGAUGGCAAGGGGAAGAUGAGCCGCGGGGUCGUGGCCGCAAUUGUGGCCGCGGACUUCGCCGUGGUCGGGCUCGUCGCAGGGCUGCUCUUCUGCUACUUCUGGCCACGCAUCUCCGGGCGCCGGAGCGACAGGCGCCACCGCGAGGGGGAGAAGAUCGUCUACUCCUCGAGCCCGUACGGCGCGGCCGGCGUUGUCGCGGCGGCCGGUGGCACGUACGAGCGGGGGAAGAUGGUGUUCUUGGAGGACGCCGGCGGGAAGCGGUUCGAGCUGGAGGAGCUGCUGCGCGCGUCCGCGGAGAUGCUCGGCAAAGGCGGCUGCGGCACGGCGUACAAGGCGGUGCUCGACGACGGCAGCGUCGUGGCCGUGAAGCGGCUCCGCGACGCGACGCCGGGAGCGGCGGCCUCCACCAAGAAGGACUUCGAGCACCACAUGGCCGUGCUCGGCCGCCUCCGCCACCCCAACGUCGUGCCGCUCAACGCCUACUACUACGCCCGCGACGAGAAGCUGCUCGUCUACGAGUUCAUGCCCAACGGCAGCCUCUUCUCCCUCCUCCACGGUAACCGAGGGCCAGGGAGGACGCCGUUGGACUGGGCGGCGCGCAUGCGCAUCGCGGCCGGCGCAGCGCGCGGCCUCGCCUACAUCCACCACGCGAGCCGGCGCGGCGGGAUGGCGCCCAAGCUCGCGCACGGCAACAUCAAGAGCACCAACAUACUGCUCGACAGGUCAGGCGAGGCUCGCCUGGCGGACUGCGGGCUGGCGCAGCUGGGCACGUCGUCUCCGGCGGCGAGCUCGGCGGGGUACCGCGCGCCCGAGGCGCCGGCGCCGGCGUCCCGGCCGUGGGCGUCGCAGAAGGGCGACGUGUAUGCCCUGGGCGUGGUGCUGCUGGAGCUGCUGACGGGGCGGUGCCCGGGCAGCGAGCUGCCCAACGGCGGCGUGGUGGUGGAGCUGCCGCGGUGGGUGCAGUCGGUGGUGCGGGAGGAGUGGACGUCGGAGGUGUUCGACCUGGAGCUGAUGAAGGACAAGGGCAUCGAGGAGGAGAUGGUGGCGAUGCUGCAGCUGGCCCUGAGCUGCGCGGCGAGCGCGCCCGACCAGCGGCCCAAGAUCGGGUACGUGGUGAGGAUGGUCGACGAGGUGCGCGCGUGCGGGGACCCGCAGGCCUCCUCGCCGUCGCACGGGUCGUCCAUGGACGAGUCGUCCGGCGUCUCCGACUCGCCCGCCGUCUCGGAAGGCGGCGCCGCCAGCCAGUGAUCGGAGAGAGAGCUUUUUUUAGGUACUUGGGGGCUUGAUGAGAAUUUGUGGUGGUUUGUGCUUUGGUUAACUGUUUUUUUUGUCUUCAUUUGGUGGAGGAUUGGUUGUGGUCCGUUGGAUCUGAUCUGAUGAUGGUGUUUUGUAGGAGUACAUGAUGAUGAUGAUUGGUCUGAUUAGAAUAGCCGUACCGCUUGAUUGUUGCUGUGUAUGUGAGUUGAUCAUUGGCUUGGCUU